UCUCUCUCCGACCUCACUGUAUGUUGUUGUAAGAACUAAGAAACAAAAGAAAAAUUAAGAAGACAACAAUAUAAGCACAGUGAUUGAUUCGUAAACCCAAAGAAAUCUGUGAUUAAUUAAACAACCACUCCUUCCACCACCACCACUCCCCAACCUCCCCCAACCAAAUCAAACCCAAACUUCAAACAAACUCGACAAAUAGCCCACACCUCCACACACACACACACAGACUCGCGGAGUGAGGAAAUGAAGUUCUCGGCGUGGCAGCAGAGCUACGCGAACAAGCGGAGCAGCAGCUUCAGGGCGUCCUCGGGGCCGUUGGAUUCUUCAUCGGACGGCUCCAUCAAGUCCGCGUCGGCGAUCUUCUGGCUGGUCCUCCAUGGCCUCUGCUGCCUCAUCAGCCUCGUCCUCGGCUACCGCUUCUCGCGCCUCGUCUUCUUCCUCGUCUUCUCCUCCCCCGCAGCCAACCUCUACACGUCGCCGUUUCGCUCAGCCUCCGAACUCGCCCAAACCCUCAGCCUAUACUCCACUCCGGCCGCCACGAAUCUCGAGCUGCCGGCGGCGAAUAGAACGGCCGGCAUCACCGCGAGCCCGAGCAGCCGGGUAGUGGUCGGGCGGCACGGGAUCCGAAUCCGGCCGUGGCCGCACCCGAACCCGGUGGAGGUCAUGCAGGCGCACCGAAUCAUCGAGCGGGUCCAGACAGAGCAGAGGCUCCAGUUCGGGUUCAAGAACCCUAGGACUGUGAUCGUGGUGACUCCGACCUACGUGCGGACGUUCCAGGCGCUGCACUUGACUGGAGUGAUGCACUCGCUCAUGAACGUGCCUUACGAUCUCGUGUGGAUCGUUGUGGAGGCCGGCGGGGCCACCAACGAGACCGCUUCGAUCAUCGCCAAAUCGGAGUUACGGACUAUCCACGUCGGGUUCCGUCAACGGAUGCCAAGUUCGUGGGUGGAACGGCACCGUUUGGAGGCUCGGAUGCGGCUUCACGCUUUGAGAAUUGUGAGAGAAAAGAAGCUGGAUGGGAUUGUGAUGUUUGCAGACGAUAGUAAUAUGCAUAGUAUGGAGCUCUUUGAUGAGAUACAGAAUGUCAAAUGGGUUGGUGCUCUUUCGGUUGGGAUACUUGCUCAUUCGAGUGAUACGGGCGAAGAAUCAUCAGCAUCUGUGAUUCAGAAAGAGGAUGAGGAGAACCGGGCAGUGCCUGUCCAAGGUCCUGCGUGUAACUCGUCUAAUCAGUUGGUUGGUUGGCACACCUUUAAUUCCAUACCCUAUGCGGGGAAGAGUGCUACUUACAUUGGUGACAGGGAGAUUGUGUUGCCCAGGAAGCUUGAAUGGGCUGGGUUUGUGUUGAAUUCCCGGUUGCUUUGGAAGGAUGCUGAAGAGAGGCCGGAGUGGGUGAAGGAUCUUGAUACAUUAGAUCAUGCGGAUGAGGAUGUAGAGACUCCAUUAUCUCUACUGAAGGACGUUUCUUUGGUGGAGCCACUUGGAAGCUGUGGACGGCAAAUCAUGCUCUGGUGGCUCCGGGUUGAAGCUCGUGCUGAUAGCAAAUUUCCUCCUGGAUGGAUAAUUGACCCUCCUUUGGAGAUUACCAUCCCAUCGAAACGUACGCCAUGGCCAGAUGCUCCUCCUGAACUCCCAUCUAAUGAGAAAGUAUUGACUGGUGUCCAAGAACACAUAGUGAAGCAUUCUUCAAAGACUCGAACAUCCAGAUCUAAACGCAGUUCUCGAAGUAAGAGAAAGCGCGACACAAAAAUAGUAGAGCCGCAGCUUCCUGUGAGGCAUUCUGAAAACUGAAAGAUUAGCCUGGGACAUCUGAGAUAAUAUAAUGCUGUGUGAAUUUGAAACCAGUGACCUUCAGAAUCACAAUUUGAUUGAUAAAGCUGAAACGCAAGUGGUGUUACGGGUACAUACGGGAAGGGAAGGCACCGGUUGUCGCAAGCCAGUCACGCAAUUCAGCUUGAAUUCAACAUAAGUUUGCGCAAUUUCUUUUUUUUUUUCAUUUAUUUUUUUGUUGGGGUGAUUGAUAUUCUGGUCUCAUGAAAGAGUGGUAGUUUCACUGGAUGCGUCUCAUGCCUUGCAGAAAGCUUGUAUCCAAUAGGGUUCAAAUUUUAUACAGAAUCUUCUAAAUAGGAAUCAUAGAGUUGCGUUCAGUUGUGUUUCUUAGAAACGAUACCAAAUGUAAUAAAGCCUUCAUUCAUUGCAAAAAGAUUAUCCUUUGCUAUUGUGCAUAAA